AUGGGCCCCUCUCGCUCCGCAUCUCCCGGAACUUCCCGCGUUUCCCUCUCGUCGGCCUCUCGUCGUGCUCCCUCCCCAUCGCGCUCCUAUCAUGCCGCACCCUCCCUCUCCGCGCACCCACCCGCGCACUCCUCGGGGUUGUCGGCCGGCCCCUCCGCCUACACCGCGCCAUCACAUCAAAUAGUUCCCCCGCCGCCGCUUUUCGGAACCUCCUCGUCCAACCACCGACCCUCCUCGCCUUCCCAUUCCACCGCCUCUCCCUCCCGAUCCAUCUCCGCGACUGCCGCGAACAAGCAUUCGCAGCGUUACACCCUCCCUUCGCCAAUCUCCAUUCCGUCCCUUAACCUGACGAGUCCCAGGCACAGCUCUCCGCGCGUCACGCCCCGAAGCUCCAUUGCGAGCCUGCUACCCAGCUUCGGCAGGUCCGGGGUUUAUGGCGGGGGAGGCGGCGUAGGAAGCGGAUUCGGGGAGGUGAGAUACGGUGACCGGAGUUUGGAUGCGGGACAACCGUCGGGGCCAAUACCACCGGGACCUAUCACAUCCGCAUCGGCAACAGCAGCUUCGUCGUCCUCCGCGCUUGUAGCGGCAGCAACGGCGGCGGUUGCGGCGGCAGCGGCUGCGGAGAGCGCCGCUGCGCCGGUGACCGCACGGGGAAGCAGAAGCGGAACGCCGGAUUCGCGCCGCCAGCUGUUCCCAGGCGCGGAAGCGCGUGGAAUCUCCCUAUCUUCCGCGCCGCCCGUAAACCCUGCUCUUGCGCCCGCAACGCAGCUUCAUAACGUCGCACCUGCGCCCGUCCGCACUCCCCGCCCCGCCAGCCCCGUGCUCCCCGGUGACCGUGUGGAACGGUCUGCGGAAGGGGAAUGGUCGGGGGCCAUGGGCGGAGGGGUUAUGCGCGGCUUGAGCGGAGGCGCGGGGGAAACAGGCAGUGGAAUGAGGGAUGGGGGAGGGAUUGGCGCAAUGAGGUCUGUGCCAGCUGCGCUGGGGGGGAGCGGCGGAAUGGGGAGGGGGAAAGGGAGCUUUUCUAGCGGGCAGCAGCAGCAGCUGCAGCACAACCGGCGGUGGACGAAUGACGGGUCCGCGGGAGGCGGGGCGGUUUGCGCGUCUCCCGCUUCCGCCGCAGCUACGGGGAGGCCGGAUGCGGAUAUGGCGGACUUGCGCUCGUUUGCGGGGGACGAAUUCGCCUGCAGUAGCGCGGGGAGUCAGCGGAAGGUGGAGCGGAAGGACAGGUGCGCUGACGGGGACGGAACACCAGCGGGCGCGGCGCCUGCGGCUGGUGUGGGGACCAGGAUUUUGCGCGAAGGGGGAGAAGGCGGGGGAACAGACCGCGCAGGCGCGGUGGGGGGGAUAGGAAGAGCCAGCUUGGGCGCUGGCGCAACAGGGGGAAUGCCCGGAAUUGGCAGAGGAACAGCCGCGGCGGCAGCAACGCCGGCAGCGGCGGCUAGUAGUGGUGGCGCUGACGGUCUCGGUGCAUAUUCUGGCAGCAGCGGCGGCGGUGUGUUACAUGGCGAUGCGGGCGCGUCGAAUGGCGGCGGGAUUGGCGGGGCGUGGCCUGUGGAGAGUCUGUUCUUGCUGGUGUGCUUCGGAGGGGGUCGCGUGGGGCUGCGGUCCCUGGCUGCUGACGGGCGCUGCCUGUCUGCCGCUGGCAGCGCCGACGAAUGCCACUACUUCGCUGGAUGGCACUUCCAGGAGCCAGAGGUAUGGUGUAUGCCGCCAGACCUCUCCGCCCUUCCGCCUGCUCCCCCCCCCGCGGGGACUGCUGCUGGCGACCGCAAGGACGCGCGCGAGGCACAGGCGGAGGGGGGUGCGGAGGAGACGGCGGAAGGGGGGGAGGGGAAGGAGAGGGCACUGGCAGGAGGGGGAAGGGGCGCGGAGGUGGCGAUAGGCGGGUGGUGCGAGGAGGUGGGGGGGGUGGUGGAGGGUGCGGUGGUGCUGCGCAGUGUGGUGCACCCGCAGUCCGUGCUGCCUGUGCGCGUGGUGGGCAUGGUGGGCGGCAGCUACAGGCAGUGGAAGCACAUGCAGCAGGAAGCGGUCACUGCUGCCGGGCUGAGGGGACAGGUGCACCAGCUACGGGAGCGCGUGCGAGUGCUCGAAUCAAGUCAAGCCCCGGGCCCCCUCACUGCGCCCCUGGCUGCAGAAGCAGCGGCAGCAGGGGGAGGAGCGAACGCGAUUAAGGAUGGGGCCGGCCUGGUUGGGAUGCUCAUGAACGGGGCAGCAGCAGAGGGAGGCGUGGUGGGCACAGCUGUGCGUGGUGCUCGCUCUGCGUCCUCCUCCGCACUGGCUGCCCUUGCUGCUCGCAUCGCGCAGCUGGAAGAGGAGAUCCGAGCCAAGGCACAAGGCGCCUCCUCGCACUCCUCCCCUUCGCCCUCCCCCUCCCUCGCCUCCUUCCCUUCCUGCUCCUCCUCCUCGUCUGCUGCCUCUGACAGCGACCAGGGCAAGCCGGCCAAGCCUGCUGUGCCUUCCGCUGCUCCAUCUGCUGCUGCUGCUGCCGCUGGUGGUGCGGCGGCAAUGGCACUGGGGUCAGGAGCAGGUGUGACAGCUGCUGCUGCUGGGGACGCUGCUGCAUCGGCCACAGGAAAGGCAGAGAGGCAACUGGCGGAAACAGAGGCGGAGAGGGAUCGGCUGCAGGCACGGGUGAAGGAGCAGGGGGGGCAGCUGGAGGGCGCGAGGAGCGAGGCACAGGGGCUGCGAGAGAGGAUGCGGCAGAUGGAGCUGAGGGCGCUGGAAAUGGAGGGGCUGCUGUCCAUGCUCAGACAGCAGAUGCCCAUGCUUGAUCUCCCUCUGCCCCUCCCGCUGCCGCUGCCGCUGCCUCGCGCUGUGAGCCCUGAGUUGUCACAUGGGCUCCAGGCUGCUUCCCAUGCUGACACCCAUGCUCAGGCUCUUGCUCCUGCUGCUCACACUCCUCAUUCUCCUGCUGAUGCUGCUGAUGCUGCUGGUGGUGCUGGUGCGUCUGGUGGUGCUGGUGCGUCUGGUGGUGCUGGUGCUGCUGGUGGUUCUGGGAGUGGUGCUGCACCUGCCAUUGCUGUAAUGAGCAGCAGUGUAGAGAAGGAGUGGGAGCAGGGAGUGGGGAAGACGUACGAAGUUGGGGAAGGAGUGGAUGGAGAAGGGAUGGUCCACCCUGUACCAUCCACCCCUCCACUCUCCCCAUCCCUCGCUGCCUCCCAGCCCCAAGCCACCUCCGUGUUUGAAUCCCCCAUUCUCGCCCCAGAUUCGCCGCUACUGCCUCCGUGUUUGAAUCACCCCGCUCAACCGAGCACCUCCCCUCUUCCGUCACCGAGCGUCAGUCUCGAGUGUCUGGCUAUGGGGGCUCAGCUGGAGGCACAGGCAGCACAGGCAGCACAGGCGGAGGAGAAGGCAGAGAGCGGUGGUGGCAGGGGUGGAAUUCAACAGGGUUUCGGGCGGUUUGGAGGAGCAGGUGACGUGGAGAAGCGCUGGCAGGCGCAGCUGCAACAGCAGCAGCAGCAGCAGAAGAAAGAGGUGGGAAGCGGAGAGAGAGCUCUGGAAGGGUUGUACAACCGACCCGCUGCUGGUUCUGCUGAUGAUGCUGCUGAUGCUGGUAACGCUGGUGCUGGUGCUGGUGGUUCUGGUGUUGGUGCUGGCGGUGCUGGUGCUGGUGGUGUGCAGAGGAAAGAGAGCAAGGAGGGAAGGGAUGUUGGCUUUUCUAUUGAGCAAGGCGGAGGGAGGGGCGGAAGGGUGGAGCAGGAGGGCAGAGAGGUGCGGGACGGGAAGGGAGGGAAGGAGGGGAGCGCGAGCGGCAGUGGGAGGAGUGGAGGAACAAAGGGCCUGGCCCGUGCCCUGUCUGGUAUACUGGGCAGCCCUAGGAGGCGAGAUGCUGCUCCGUCAACAGCAGCAGCAGGAGGAGGAGGAGGAGGAGGAGGGGGAGGUGGGGGAGGGAUAGGAGGGGGAGGAGGAAGGGGAGGGGCAGGGGAGCCGUUGCUACGCAGGAGCUUCUCGCCCAUGCGGUCCACCAGAGGGUGGCUGGGAGUAGGCGCAGGUGGAGGAGCCGGUAUGGCGCCUGGCGCUGCUGCUGCUGCUGCAGCAGCUAACAAAGCGGCACUGGCAGCGGCAGCAGGAGCAGGAUCAGCAGCAGGUGCUGGGGCGGGUAGCAACAGCGGGAGUGAGGUGCUUUGGGCGUGUCACGCCAGCAACACGACUUCCAGCAGCUGCAACACCACUGGUAAUGACGCUGCGCACAGUGCAAGCAUGGGGAUGAUGCAGCGUGGUGGCGUUCGGAACAGUCACGGUAGUAACAGUAACGCUUUUGCGUGUACUGCCUCGAGUUACAUGCAGCGGGCCAGCGCGAGCCAAUCAGGAAUUGCCACGUCGGUCACCUCCCUGCACACUGCUGGCACGGACGCGUCAGGUGGCGGAACAGCAGCAGUGGUAACACCUGGGGUUACACCUGGAGUCACCCCUGGGGCUACACCUGGCGCCACCCCUGGUGCCACACCUGGUGCCACUCCUGCUGUGUCCGUAUCUGCAUCCCUGGUGUCCCUGUCAGGGGUAAGUGAGAGUGUGGAGGGGCCAGUAUGGAACGAGGUGAUGAUGUUUGGAGGAGGGGCGAGUGGAGGGGUGGGGAUGGGUGGAGAUGGUGUUGGUGCUGGCGCUGAUGGUGUGGAGGGUAGUGGGGGUGGAAGUGGUGGCGGUGGCGGCAGCAGUGUUGGUGGGCGCAUGGGUGGCGAUGGUGGUGGCGGGAGGAGCAGAUGGUUUGAAACAGCGGGCGCGAGUGCUGCUGCUGCGUCUGGUACUUUCGCCAGUGAGAAUAAUAAUGAUAUCGAUAUCGACAUUGGUGAAAACGAUCAUGCUGACAGUGGUGAUGCUUCUCGGGCGGCUGCUGCUGCUCCAGCUGAGCGGAGAGGCAUGGAGGAGAGUGCUGUUAGCGGCACGAGGGACGGGGGCACGAAGCAGCAGGUGCAGGGGGGGCAGCAGUCACCGGAUAUGGCAUGGCUGCACAACCUCAUCAAAGAGGCACGCAAGGCAACGGUGUCAGCAUCGACCGUGCUCUCUACCUCUCAUGCCUCUCAUGCCCCACAUUCCUCACACGCCCACCAUCCUGCUGCUGCCAAACGUUCUGUUACCACCUCUGCCAUAGCAACAUCGGGAGUUACCACGUGUGCUGUGUCCCCUCUGGGACACCCCAACCCCAAUAACCUAGUCCAAGCUGCUGACGGCGCAGCACCAGGAGCAGCAAAGGAAGGAACAGCAGGAGCAGACGAAGCAAUAAUGGUGGGCGGCGGAGGAGGAGGAUUGUUUUCUGGUGCAGCUGCAGUGGGUGGCGCUGGUACAAGCGGGCCAAAGGAGCUGAGUCAUUCUCAGCGCAUUCUGAACCUGCAGCUGAAGGUAUCCGCGCUCAAGAUGGACCCCUCCUCACUCGCAUCAGCCUCCACUGCUGCUUACCGCCCCGCACCGGCUUCUGCUGCGGCUACCUACACGCAGAAACAAGCUGCUGCUGGUGCUUCCACUUCUGCUGCUGCUGCUGCUGCUGCAGCUGCUGCAGCUCCAGCUGCUAUUACUGCACCUACUGCAAAUUUUGCAGCAGACACUAACUCAGUCGGAUCUCUCCAUACUGCCGCCGCCGCCGCCGCUGCUGCUGCUGGCGGUGCUGGCGGUGGUGGGGGUCCUGCUCCCUCAACGCCAACAGCAAGGGCAGCAUACAGCACACAAACAGCAGCCGCAGGUGGUGGUGGUGGUGGUGGUGGUGGUGGUGCUGCUGCUGCUGCUGGGCCUGGCAAGGUUUACAGAAGCAACAGUGGCAGGUGGGGCAGCAGCACUGGCGCUGCUGCUUCUGGUUUUGCUGCGGGUGCUGGAAGCUCAGGGUCGGGAGCCAUGGGCCUGUGGCGCACCGGAAGUGGAAGCAGCAGCAGCAGCAGCAAGAGGAGUGCGGGCAUGGGAGGGCACGAUGGCAGUGGGGGUGGGAAGACGCUAGGAGGUGGCUUAGGGGGAAUGGGAGGGCGAGGAGUGGGAGGGGGAGUGGCGGAGAGGUCAGUGGUUGCAGGCAUGCUGCUGCAGAUGGCCGGAGCCUCUGCUGAGGCGAAGGAGAGGAGACGAGUCGCUGCAGUUGCAGCAAGGGGAGGAGGGGGAGGAGGAGGAGGGGAAGGAACAAGAGCUACAGCAGCAGUUUCGGUAGCAGAAGGAGCAGCAGAAAGGGAGGGGAGUGCAGGAGUUGUGGGGGUUGGGGAAGGAGGCGCGAUAGGGGAAGUGGGUGUGGGAGGGAUGGGAGCAGUGGCAGGAGGGGACAAGAAAGGGAGAGCCGAGAGGGGGAGUGCUCGCUCCAGGAGUCCCUUGAGGCUUGCUGAAGCAUCGAGUGGCAAGGCCUCAUCCAUCAUCUCCUCUUUCCUCCGCUCUGCGACUGGCUCAAGGGCAGCAGCAGCAUCAUCAGCAGCAGCAGGAGCAACCGCAACUGGCACUGCUGCAACCACCACCACCACCACCACCACCUCCUCCUCCUCCUCCUCUGCCAGGCCAAGCUCGCCUGCCACCGGUCUUGCUGCUGCUGCUGCGGCUGCUGCUGGCGCUGCUGGUGGUGGUGCGCGGACUGGGGCGGCAUCAGUAGCAGCUGCUGGCUCCAGCAGCAGUGGUAGAGGGUGGGUGGGCAGCGGUAGGCAUAGCUCCCCGUCCAGUAGAAGAUUCAGAGUAUCGUGA